AUGUCUGUUGCUACAUUGAUCGCUAGUCACAACUCAGGUGAUAAUUGGGUCUUGAACUUGAAUCACUUGAAAAACCACGGGCUUGUUAGCUCUUUAAGUGAUGGUUCAUUGAAAUUAUACCCAUUGAAUGUUAAUCAAGAUAGAAAUUUUGCACCAAUUAGAACUAUUCAAGCUCAUAAUUCAUCAAUUAACGCUUCAAGAUCUGUUGAUGGUGAAAAUUUAAUUGGGACUGCAUCAACUGAUGGGAUCAAAAUUUUUGAUUUAAGAAACAGUAAUGAUUCACCAGUUGCAGUUUUCAAUAAUCAAAGAAAUAUACCAUUUCUUUCAUUAGACUUUAAAAAUAAUUAUGUUGCCGGUGGUACUGAAUUGAAACAAGCUGAUGCUGAAUUACAUAUAUGGGAUUUGAGAAAUAAGGAAAUAGUACGAUCAUUUGUCGAUUCUCAUCAUGAUGAUAUUACAGAAAUAAAAUUCCAUCCAACUGAUGAUUCAAUGUUAUUAAGUGGUUCUACUGAUGAUUAUGUUAAUAUUUAUGAUUUAAAUAUUCCAGAUGAAGAUGAUGCAUUACAUCAAGUUAUUAAUUUCAAUUCAAUCCAUUCAGCAGGUUGGUUAUCACCAACAAGAAUAUAUACUUUAUCACACAUGGAAACAUUUGCAAUUCAUGAAUUGAAUGAUAAAAGUGAUGAUUUACAUGAGCCAAAGCCAGUUGAAUUUGGUGAUAUUAGAGAACCAUGGGAUUGUGAAUAUGUUGUUGAUGUGUAUCCAGGAUUCAUUGCAACUGGUUCAAAUUCUAAAGCUAACGCUAGAUUAUAUCCAUUCAUAAAUGAACAAAUAAACUUAGACACUCCAAUUAAGUUAAAUGGUGCACAUGGUGAAGAAGUUGUUAGAACAGUAUAUUGUCCACCAAAUAGUAACUUAAUAUAUACUGGUGGUGAAGAUGGUAAUUUAAGAAUUUGGAAAUCUGAUAUUGAAUUGAAUGCACCAGAAUCAUUUUUCCAAUUAUCUGGUGCUCAAUCAUCUACAACAACCACUGAAGAUAAGGAUGUUGAAAUGGAAGUAGAUACACCAGAAGAAACACCAGAAACUGCAUCAACAAGUUCAUCAUCAUCAGAGGACGAAGAUGAAGAGUUAGAAGGAAAGAAGAGAAAGAAGAAGGAAAAGAAAGAGAAGAAGGAAAAGAAAGAAAAGAAGGAUAAAAAGGAUAAGAAAGAAAAGAAGGAAAAGAAAGAAAAGAAGGAUAAAGGUGAAAAGAAAGACAAGAAAGAUAAAAAGGAUAAGAAGGAUAAGAAACCUAAGAGUGAGAAGAAAUCCAAAAAGGAUCACAGAUUCAAGCCAUAUUAA